ACCUUAUGCAAAUUACGAGCGUCCUGUUUGGGUAAGGUUUGACGCGAAAACGAAGGCGCGUCAUGGCGAUUUGUAGGUGAAAUUAGCUAUUUUAUAGUGGCUAUUAUGUUCGUUGGUUGUCCUAUACAAACAAAGAAAUUAUUACAAUCCAAGUGUGGCUGAAAAACGCGGAAAACAUGAGUAUAGAGACGUUAUUAGAGGCUGCCAAGUACGUUGAGCUUAGGUCUUCUAUGCAACCCACACGUGGUGGCGAUGGGGGGGUUGUCACUCAAACUCUUCCGGCUAGUACUGUACUGUCUACAGAAAUCUGGAAACCAUCAACAGCUUAUAUAUCACCGCCAAGGACCAGCUCAAAACACGUGAAAGUACCAGCUGUUGAAAAAAAGAAAGAAAAUCGUCAACAGCAAGAUGAUGAUGUUUAUUAUGAUGAGAUGGAAUUUUCCUCCUCUGGAAAUUUGAGUAAUUCUGAUUUUUCCGGAGAUUGGUCAGAUAAGCGAAGGCAAGGCGGGGCUGGAACCAGGGAGGUCCAUAACAAGUUAGAGAAGAAUAGACGUGCUCAUCUUAAAGAAUGUUUUGAAGGUUUACGCUACCAGAUACCCAAUAUGCAAGACCACAAAGUCUCCAACCUGAGCAUCCUUCGUGGCGCAUUCAGAUUUGUGCAGAUCCUGAAGAGAAAGGAGAAGGAACUUGAACAUGAGUUGGACCGGCUUGUCAGACACAAGAUUGAAAUGCAAGGUCGUUUAAUGCGUCUGAGAACUGACGUAAAUCGACGUCUAGACACAAGUGACAAAAUCAAACUACCAUGGCAUUCAAAGGCAAUGGGAAAGAAAAAUGCUAGGAAGGCCGAGAGAAAAAGAAAAGCUGUUGUACAUCAUGAGGAUGAUGAUGACGGGGCAUCUACAUCCACAGCGUCAGAAGCUGAGGAAGAAGAGAGACGGUCAAGAGCUCAUUCUCCAGUGGCUGGCUCUUUAUCAACAAAUGAGUCCAAAUCAAAAUUGCAUCUUCAAGCUCCACCCCAUUCGCUGGGACACGCCAGUGUGAUUCAGAGCACUGGCCAGCCUAAACAGCAAUUAAAAGUAGUGCCUCACUCAUUCCAGCCAGGUGAAUCGCUUUUACCAACCACUGUCGGAGUUGAUAAUGGGCAUGGUACGAUUAAUAAAGGCAGAGAUGUGCAACCGUUAGGGACCGAGGCCCAAUCGCUGCUUGCGUCAAGGCCAACUGUCAGUCAGUUGCUGAAUAAAAACUCUGGUUUAGAAAAACUGUCACCGAAGAAAAGGCAUGGUGCUGCGCCAACACUACAUAUUAUUCAUACAGGUAACCAAGCUGGCAUCAAGCAGCAUACACCAGUGAUGGUAACACAACCCAAAAUAACCAUGUUGCCCAUGACCACUAACCAAACAAAUAGCACCGGCCAUGUAUCUCAUGCACCGCCUGGUACCAGCCGGAACGGCAGUCCAAUGCCAACAAUGUUAGCCUCGGCAUUGAGUGGACAUUUGAUGCAUUCAGCAGUAGACCACAGGCACUUAACACACGUAUCAGCGGUGCAACCAAUUUCCAGCAGCACCCUCAACACAUCGACGGCCGCGCAGCCUGUGAUAGCUUCACUGCAAACACAGAAUAUUUUCAGCACAGAAAAAACUCGGCCUGGACUUGCAGGUCGUCUGCAUGCACCAUUCACUCAGAUACCCUUUAGUCCUGCAAUCACGCAGGUGCUGUUAUCACAACCCUCAAUUACAGCCUAUACACUUGCUAGACAGGUGCCUUUCAGUCAUACAAUAAUUAGACAAACAUUGACACCUGCAAACUCAAAAUAUGCAUCAAGUUCAACCUCACCUGUCACCAUUAUGACCACCUCGUCACAAAAGACAAUAGUGUCACCGAAAAGCACAUCACCCGCAGUGUCCUUGGUGACAAAUACAGUUGCAAAAAAUGACUCUGUGGACCGUCUAGUGACGGCGACAUCUACAAUCGUGAUUCCAGCUCCGCAGACGGUCAGCAGCCCUCGGGUCUUUCCGACAACAUACCUACAAGCAUCACGGCCCGGAAUGCAUAAGCACCCGGUUCAGCAGCCGGUUAACCAAGUUGGAACUACGGCUAGUAGUGCAGCUCCCAUUUUAAAAGCAUACCCAAUGUUCAUACCGAGGUACAGGACUGUAGGGUCAGUUAUAAGUGGUCAGAGACCAUUAGUCUCGGGUGUUGCUGUGACCCCUAAGCUGGUCACCCAAAAAGGCAAUGGAAGCACAGCGACUAUUAUUGUUCGGCCAUCUCUUGUCAAUACGACCGACAAAUCACAGCAAUGAUGUGAAUGUUUGAAGUAAAAUAUUACAUGUUAAUGUUAUAACAACCUUAAUAGAUCCUUGUCAUUUGAUUGGUAAAUUUCGUAUCACGUGACAUUGGUUAUGUAACCCAUUACUUCACUCAUCAUGGAAAUUUAGUUUCACCGUGCAUUUUUACUUCCAUCUGUGCAUUUUUGUUUCAUCCGUUUCGCUCCAUUGUACAGCGCCUAGUAUACAAUACAUGACUUUAAUCUAAUACAAUCUUUUGAUUGGGUUAAAAGACACUGGACUGUUCCAUUUAGAAAGAAUGUAGAUUUUUUUUCAUAAAUUAUCCAAUGACAAGAAUCUCCAUUCAGAAAAAAGGUAGAUAUUUUCAUAAAAUAUCAAAUGACAAGAAUCUAAUUUAGUUGUGUUAUAAAACAAAUAAUUGAUGUUUUUUAUUCGCACAAUAGAAAGAAUAUUUUCAUUCGUUGAAUAAUUGACUGUUCGAAUGGAACAAUCAGUCUUUUAACUCAUGAAAAUAUACUUCCCAUUGCACUCGUAAACAUUUGUAUAACAGUUGUGUUGGAGCUUUACAGAUAAGUUGCACCGGAAACCAUUUAAUCACUAGGUAACAUCUCCAUGUUAAGGCUAGCUUCUGUGUUGAGGGAAACUAUGUUGGAAACUCAAAAUCGCCAGUGUUGUCCCAACACCAAGGUUUUUUUUAAAUUUUUGGAAUGAGGUUGAAUCACUGUAGUAUGGCUAUGUUCAGAGCUAUGUUCCAACUCAAAUUCCAGAAGUUGGAUUUGUUACACUUGAUACACCGUGAAGAUAAGUAAGUGUUCCCACUAGGUUUUGAACCUCAUCCUAGUAGUAGAACACUUUAAGGUGUCCUUUUGAUAUUAGCAUAAUGCAUUCAUAUGAGUUUGCUUUCGUAUGUAUUCAGUACAACAUCAUAUAAUAACUAGUUUACAAGUAUGCAAUACCUUGAGAAAAGCAUGUACUUAACCGGUUAAUCUAAUUUCCUAUUCCCACCAGACAAACUUUUACUUGGGCAUGUGCUAAAUAUUAUAUGGACUUACCAAGAUAUCCCCACCGAGUUGCCAUUAUCAAUUAGUACCUUGUUAAAAUCCAUGCUAAAAUAUCUUAGAUGUUUUACAGGUGUCUGCUAUGUCUGUGUUUUAAUAGAUGCAUGGGAUGCAUGCUAAUCUUGAGUUCUGUUCAGACUAUACAUGUGACAUGCCUGUAUAUAGUCAUGACAUCACAUGACCAUAUAUAGACACAUCAUGACUAUAUAUAUAGGCACAUCAUGACUAUAUAUGGGCACAUCAUGACUAUAUAUGGGCACAUCAUGACUA